UGUUUUGUUGUGUGUGUUAGGUUUGAGAAAAAGAAAGAGUAUUGCGUUUGUGUGACAAUAGAAGAAGAAUCUUGACGAUGGCUAUGGCGAAUUUGGCUCGUAGAAAGGGUUCCGCUCUUCUUUCAUCGGCGGAGACACUUCGAUACACUUUCUCUCUAAGGUCAAGAGCUUUCGCUUCCGGAUCUGAUGAAAACGACGUCGUCAUCAUCGGUGGUGGUCCCGGCGGUUACGUCGCCGCCAUUAAAGCUGCUCAGCUUGGUUUCAAAACCACUUGCAUCGAAAAGCGUGGUGCUCUUGGUGGUACCUGUCUCAACGUUGGUUGCAUCCCUUCCAAGGCGCUUUUGCAUUCUUCCCACAUGUACCAUGAGGCUAAACAUUCAUUUGCCAACCAUGGGGUCAAAGUUUCAAAUGUGGAGAUUGACUUGGCUGCCAUGAUGGCGCAAAAAGACAAAGCUGUUUCUAAUCUGACUCGGGGUAUUGAAGGCCUAUUUAAGAAAAACAAGGUAACAUAUGUCAAAGGAUACGGAAAAUUCCUUUCACCAUCUGAGGUCUCUGUAGACACCGUUGAAGGUGAAAAUACUGUUGUGAAAGGAAAGCAUAUCAUUAUAGCCACCGGUUCAGAUGUAAAAUCUCUACCCGGCGUCACUAUUGAUGAAAAGAAAAUUGUAUCAUCAACUGGGGCUCUCGCAUUGACUGAAAUCCCCAAGAAGCUUGUAGUUAUCGGGGCAGGUUACAUUGGGCUAGAGAUGGGCUCAGUAUGGGGCCGAAUUGGCUCUGAGGUAACUGUUGUUGAGUUUGCAUCGCAGAUUGUUCCAUCCAUGGAUGGAGAAAUCCGGAAGCAAUUUCAGCGUUCUCUUGAAAAGCAAGGCAUGAAAUUCAAGCUGAAUACCAAGGUGGUUGGAGUUGAUACUUCUGGGGAUGGUGUGAAGCUAACUGUUGAACCAGCAGCUGGUGGUGAACAGACCAUAAUUGAAGCAGAUGUUGUCCUUGUAUCUGCUGGUAGAACUCCAUUCACUUCUGGACUUAAUUUGGAUAAGAUAGGAGUUGAAACUGACAAGAUAGGACGCAUUUUGGUAAAUGAAAGAUUCUCCACAAAUGUCUCGGGUGUCUAUGCAAUUGGUGAUGUAAUUCCUGGUCCAAUGUUGGCACACAAGGCAGAAGAAGAUGGAGUUGCUUGUGUUGAGUACUUGGCUGGUAAGGUUGGGCAUGUGGACUAUGACAAAGUACCAGGUGUUGUCUAUACAAACCCCGAGGUUGCUUCUGUAGGGAAGACAGAGGAGCAGGUUAAGGAAACUGGAGUUCAAUACCGUGUUGGGAAGUUCCCUUUCAUGGCUAAUAGCAGGGCGAAGGCAAUUGAUAACGCUGAAGGACUUGUCAAGAUAAUUGCUGAAAAGGAGACAGACAAAAUAUUGGGGGUGCAUAUUAUGGCACCCAAUGCAGGAGAACUCAUUCAUGAAGCAGCCAUUGCAUUGCAGUAUGAUGCAUCAAGUGAGGACAUAGCACGUGUUUGUCAUGCACAUCCAACAAUGAGCGAGGCUGUUAAAGAAGCAGCAAUGGCCACUUAUGACAAGCCAAUUCACAUUUGAAAAGCCUGUUGCUUCUUUAUUCUCUUGUUUUCAUUUUUGUCCAAGGAUUUUACCUUGACUUCGAGAAGAUACCCUGUGUGUUAAAUUUAGAUUCAGGUUUUUAUAUACAAAUUAGCUCUUUGUUUACAUCUAUGCAUAUGCAUAAUAAGAUGAAUUAUUGUGUUGAUUUUAUCCUUGCUGAAUAAUAUAUAUCUCUCCUCUCAGGAGCAAUCUUGUAAUUUUGACAAUUGGGUGAAAACAAUUCAAUCCCACGCUUCUGACCAACAA